GUUGACAUUCUACGAACCGGCGAUAACUGCACGGGUGAUUGACACCAAUGUUGGGGUCAAAGUCUACCUCGACUAUCGCUAGACUGGUCAAAGACGUCGCAUACAUUUUCAUUGACAACAUGGUAUUGAUCAAGUGUGCAGCAUUUUUUAUGUUGGGAGCUAUGCUCUCGUAUGGCGUGGGUCUGCCAUGCUCCCUGACAACACUGGCGGUGUUCGGUGUUUACCUUGUUACGGGCGGAUGGCGUUUUACAUGGGUUGUUAUAAACACUCUCCCUCGAGACCUCAGGGGGUUGUCAGUAUUACUGAAAACAAAAUUUGUUAUUAGAGACCAUUUAAAAUCAGGAACGACAAUUGCAAAGUUAUUUACAAAGUCUGCCAACAAGUAUCCUAAUAAAGCGUGCAUCUUAUUUGAGGAUGAAGUCUGGACUUUUCAGGAGGUUGAGGCAUACUCCAACUCUAUUGCAAAUUAUUUUUACAAUGCUGGAUUUCAGAAAGGAGAUGUUGUUUCUAUUUAUAUGGACAACAGACCCCAGUAUUUCUGCUAUUGGCUAGGAUUGUCAAAAAUAGGAGUUGUGUCGGCUUUAAUUAAUUACAAUCUCCGCAAGCAGCAGCUCACACACUCUAUAUCUGCAGCAGAGUCUAGGGCAGUCAUCUUUGGAAAAGAGUUUACGGAAGAUAUAAAGGAGGCGGUGCAUGGUAUCGGAAGGCUAAAACUGUAUGUUACAGGAACCAACAGUUCUAAUGAUACAUCCUUAAUAUGUCUGGAUCCUUUACUGGAAAAGAGUUCAAAGUUCAAUCCACCCACAGUUCCAGGAAAAUUCAGUGAAAAGUUGUUCCUUGUGUUUACAUCAGGAACAACAGGUUUACCAAAGGCCGCUGUUAUCACACACACCAGGUUUUUCUACAUGUCAUUUGCUAUCCAGCAGAUGUACCGGCUGUCGGGGAAGGACACGCUGUACACCUCCCUGCCCCUCUACCACACUGCUGGCGGUAUCUUAGGGGUCGGCCAAGUUGUUCUAGGGGGCACUACUCUGGCUCUCCGACGGAAAUUUUCUGCCAGCAAGUUCUGGGAGGACUGUGCGAGAUACAACUGUACUGCUGGCCAGUACAUUGGAGAGAUAUGUCGGUAUUUACUUGCUCAGCCCCACCGUAACUUUGAUCGUCAACACAAGGUGAGGAUCAUGUUUGGCAAUGGUCUGCGUCCACAGAUUUGGCAGGAAUUUCAAGAUCGGUUUGGUGUUGAACAAAUGGGAGAGUUCUAUGGAGCAACUGAAGGCAAUUGUAACACAUUGAAUCCAGACAAUAGGGUAGGAGCUGUCGGCUUCACCACGAUGAUUGCACCAUUUUUGUACCCGAUCACACUCAUACGCGUUGAUGAACAGGGGGAACACAUCCGUGACCGAAAUGGAGUCUGCAUCAAGGCUAAACCAGGUGAACGAGGAGAGUUGGUAGGGAAGAUUGUGAAGGGUGAUGCUCUCCGAGAAUUUGAUGGCUAUGUCAACAAGACAGCAACCAACAAGAAGAUUUGUACCAGUGUUUUCAAGAAAGGUGAUCUGGCAUUCCUCACGGGAGAUGUGCUGAUCAUGGACCAGUUUGGCUACUUCUACUUCCAGGAUCGUACGGGAGACACAUUCCGUUGGCGAGGCGAAAACGUGUCCACCAUGGAGGUAGAAGCAGUGAUCAGUAAUAUUGUCAAGCUUUGUGACUCUGUGGUGUAUGGGGUAGAAAUACCGGGCCUAGAAGGAAGAGCGGGGAUGGUUGCUAUUGAAGAUCAGAAUGACAAUUUAGAUCUACAUCACCUGCAGACAGAACUACAGAGGUCUCUUGCCUCGUAUGCUCGGCCUGUGUUUGUACGACUUUUAAAAUCUGUUGCCACUACAGGAACAUUUAAGCUGAAAAAGGUGGAGUUACGACAGGAAGGAUUUGACCCCAACAAGGUCAAGGACAGACUAUUUUUUAUGAACUCAAAGAGUGGCAGCUAUGAACCAAUCACACCACAGGUUUAUAGGGACAUUUGUAAUGGUAAAAUUCGCCUUUAGACCAACCUGACGCUGUUCAUCAUUUUCCAAUAGGACAGGUCAUUCAGAGUUCUGUAUUUCGGGAAACAGCACCUUAUUCAACCUGGCGAUAUCCUCAUAGUUUUGUUAUUUCUACUCUGACAGAAUCAUUAUAUUGUGUGAUUUCAUAUAGAUACUGGACUCGUUUAUAUACAUUGAAAGCUUGAUAUACAGUGGACCCGCGAUAAUCCGAACGCCGAUAGUCCGGAAAACUCACAGUCCGGACGGAAAUGCACGGGAACGGAUUUCCGUAACGUUAUUUGUAC